AUGCUGCAAGCAGGAUCCGUAUGCACGUCCAGCAUCCCAAAGGAUGCGCUGACCGCAGGCUGCGCUGCUUGGUGCUCUCUGCGACAAAAGACGUCGCAUUGCGAAUUCUGUAAGUGUCGCUCGUGUGAGUUCUGCGUGCCCGUUGAGUUGAUCGACCACGUGUAUGCCUCCGCUGGCGCAUCUAUGGUGGACUGCGAGGAUGCGAUCGAAGUGUCUCCGCCGCUGGAAGAGGUCAGCAUUGACAUGUGCAAGGCUGCAUGUGACGAUGCGUUUCCGGAAUGCCUCGCCUUCGACUAUUCUGGCAGAGGCGGCAGAUGUACCCUCCGAGUCGGUGAUGGCGAGCCGGUUUCAUUUUGUGUCCAGCUCGGCGCAUCGACAUUCUGGCGGGUCGAGGUGCCAUCGGCAGAUGCGGACGAUGCGAGAGUCGCAGCAGCCAACGCUGCUGAGGCCGAGUCUGAGGCGGCCGCGGAGGCCGCAGCGGAGGCCGCAGAGUCUGAGGCACCUCGUCGUAUCAUAGUACAGGGCGAGCGACUACUCGACUCCAGCAGUGGCGAGGAGCUGCUACUGCACGGGGUGAACAUCUUUCUCGAUUAUUUGCGCUUCGACGACAUUGCGCUCUUGCGGAAGCUCCUUCCUGCUGCCAACCUCGUGCGCCUUGUUGGCUUUUGGGUCAUCAUCGCCGCGAAGGCCAGAUUCGCGGCGGGGGAGUCCUACCCAGAAGCUGCCGACGUCUUCCACGACACAAGACUUGCGAGCGCCUUCGAGGCAAUGUGGAGACACAUAGCGGGAGCGAUGGUUGACCAGCCCAUGCUCGCGGGCUUCGAGGUCAUGUCUGAGCCACGCUCGAAGGUCACUGAGCAAGCAACGGUCCGGAGGUUUUACGAGAGCGUGUGCAGCGGUGUGCAUCUUGCCGAUCGCCGCAUCCCCAUACCAUGCGUCGUUGGUCCGACACCAUACUACAAGGUGUGGCAGCUCAAUUCGUCAAUGAUUUUACAACUGCCGACGGGUGCGCCUAUGCCUGAUGUGCUCUACACCUUCGACUUCUAUGACCCGUGGGACUUCAUUACCGCCGAGCCAGCCGCUGAAGGCUUGGGAUACCCUGGCGACUACCCUUGUGGGGUCGCAUUCCGGGGAUGGGUCCGCAAUUUUUGCGACAACGCGUCGCAGGUUGUGCGCGUCGACCGCAGCUGGCUGGAGACGCUCCUUGACUACCCAUCGACCCUCGCACGCACACACCGGGUGCCCGUCUUUUCGAAUCAGUGGGGUGUCAAGCACUCGGUUCGCUCCGGCCGGCUAGCUUAUGCCUCGGACGUGGCUGGUUUGUUUGAAGAGCGACGCAUCCACUCAGCUCUGUGGAUAUGGCGCUCGUACCGCAACGAAAAGUGGGGGUUUGAGCUCGUCCACGAGGACAAGGAGCGCCGCGAGACGGAGGACGUGCCAUUGAUGCGGCUCCUCAACGGCGUGUGGAGCGGCCAGGUCAGCUCACCCUCUCCCAGCUUGCUGCCGCCUCCGCCGCCACAAGAGGCGGAGUCGCUGGCUAUGGGUGGGCGCUUCAAAUGCUCCACCGCGCUGGACCCACUCGCCAAUUGUUGGUCUCAGCGCUGUUGCUCAGACCCUGCUUACACUUGCUACGUCAACUUCCCGACGCUAGCCCACUGUCGCACGGGGUCCGCCGGAGGCCGCCUCAUUGGAACGCCGCAGAGCACCCUUGUGAGGCGAAACGGGUUCGCAGUGAUGCCGACUGAUGAGCCCGACGCUGCCCCAGAAGCGCUGGCGCAUCCACACGACUUCACAGUCGUGUCGCUAGCAGACAUUCGGGACGCAUAUACGCACGCCGUGGCCCAGCUCACGGCCGACCCAGUCGCACUGGUCUCAGCCUAA